CGCCGUUUGGAAUAAGGGAAGAAACCCCUAAUUUCCAACCCAAGCAGCCACGCAGAAGAGAAUAUACACUCCCCUCUGCUCGUCUUCUCCUCUUCCCUUCACCCGACCUGCUUCUUCUCUCUAAUCCACUGCUACUGCGUACAGACCUUCAAUUUCAGUGCCCAACAGAUCAAAGAGCUGCUGAUAUUUGCGAAAGUGGUGCCUACUUUCUAUCAGGACGCAGCUCUUGCUCAUCCAAUCUCGGCUGGCUUUUGGCAAAAAUGGAGUUCGUGAACCCUGAAGGUCUUCGUCUCGAUGGUCGCCGCCCCAUGGAAAUGAGGCAACUUAGAGCACAAAUCGGUGCUGUAGCCAAAGCAGACGGCUCUGCUGUUUUUGAGAUGGGAAAUACUAAAGUAAUUGCUGCCGUUUAUGGACCUAGAGAGGUUCAAAAUAGGAGCCAACAGAUUAACGACCAAGCACUGGUGCGGUGUGAGUACAGCAUGGCUAAUUUCAGUACAGGAGAUCGGAGGCGAAAACCGAAGGGGGACAGGCGAUCAACAGAGAUUUCGUUGGUUAUUCGUCAGACAAUGGAAGAAUGCAUAUUGACGAAUCUAAUGCCCCGUUCUCAGAUUGAUAUAUAUGUGCAAGUUCUCCAAGCUGAUGGAGGAACUAGAUCUGCAUGCAUCAAUGCUGCAACUUUGGCCUUAGCAGAUGCAGGUAUCCCCAUGCGUGAUCUUGUUACUUCUUGUAGUGCUGGAUUCCUCAAUAGCACUCCUCUUCUUGAUUUAAACUAUGUUGAAGACAGUGCAGGAGGUCCUGAUGUCACUGUUGGAAUCCUACCCAAGUUGGACAAAGUGACACUUCUUCAGAUGGAUGCUAAGCUGCCAAUUGAUACCUUUGAAAAUGUUAUGCAACUUGCUGUUGAAGGCUGCAAGGCAAUAGCAAAUUACAUUCGUGAAGUUUUGCUAGAGAAUACCAAACAGCUGGAGUAUCGACGUGGCUUGUAGUUCAUAAAAAGGGUAUCGGGGCUCAUAUCCAAGCCCCAACCUUUGCCUGGUUAUCGUUGGACUUUCAGUUGUCAAGUCAUCACUUGAAAUUUGUUGCAUAUACCGGAGUUGCCAUCUCUUAAGUGAAUUCAACUCCGUUAAUUUGCUGAAGUCGUAGCUUACCGGGAGAGAUAGUGGCCAGCACGUUUGUAUUUAUAUUUUCAUUUGUUGCUGGAAGUGGUUGGUUUGACCGGAAACGUUGAACUCAUGAUGCCUUGUACCAUCAUUUUUGAAUUGUUGAUACAAUGCAGUAAAUUUUGCAA